AUGGCCUUCAAGCUGGAUGUUGCUCUUGCUGAGCGAUUUCUCGGGUCCCUCCCUCUCAUAUCGCUGGAGAAGGAGGAGUGUCGUGGACUCGUACUUCAGAGAUCCAAGAGCCUUGAUCACACGUCGCUCUAUCAGACGGUGUCCCAAUCAGGCUUGCCAGCCCCGGCAGUAGCAGAGGACGAGCUGCACCGGCAGCAAUCAUGGGCAAGGACGGGUGAUCCGGUCCCGCGCAUGCCCUUGGACACCACAGCAGCAGAGAGGUUCCUGAAUGGUCUUGCAGUGUGGAGCUCUGGUGCCGAGGCAGAAUCUGCCCAAGAACCACUGGGGGUGGGACAUGGCUAUGGCCCAACGAGCCUUGAUUUUCAGCAGCCACAGAACUCUGUGAGGCCCAGCAAGACGGUCAUCGGAGGCUGGAGGAGCCACACUGACCUGCUGCGCUUGAUUCCCGUCCUCCUCAGAAAAGGGCUACUAGGUGGCCGCGUGGACAUCACGACAAGGCAAACUUGUGCCUACAUUUGCAGCGUCCGGCCGGCUACAGGGGACAUGCAAACUGCAGGCAACGCCGGACCGGAGAUGCCCGAGGUGAAGCUGCCUUUGCACAGACCACUUGCUUCCAAGCGGUUGUUGCCUUGGUCGCGACGUGCUGCGAACGUCGUGCAAGUGAAGGGCACGUCGUAUGCCCAGUUCUUGGUUCCUUGCACAGGCAGCAGCUACGACCCGGACUUCCUUGAUGACCAGAGCUUGAGGCAAGGGAAGAACCACACGGUGCUCAGGCUCGAAGGAUACCACGUCUCCAUCGUACCCUUUGUGCGAGCACGUCGUCUGAAGGAUGAGCUCAACGACCAAUUCCGUUGCAGCCACCCCCAGAUUCAUCCGUCGCUCACUCUGUCAAAGCUACGCAACCUGCAGAAGGAUCUUCGCGAAAUCACACAGACGAUGCCCGAAUUGGAUGUUUGCUCUGUGGCCCUGGCGUGGGUCUACUUUGAGAAGCUCGUGCUGAAAGAUUGCGUGCGCAAGGCCAGCCGAAAGCUCCUUGCAGGGGCAUGCCUGGUGCUUGCAUACAAGUUUCACCAGCGAGGUGAUCGUGAAAAAAUCAGGAAGCUGGCUGCCGAGAUCCGAAAAAUGGAUCGAAAGGAUCGCUUGCAGUGGGAAGAUCUUCAUGAAGCCGAGCUCAAGGUCUUUGUCUGGCUGGAGUUCAGCCUCCAUGUUCCAGCGGCAGAGGUCAUACCUCAUCUUCACAGAAUUCUCAAGGACUUGGGCAUGAGUUGGCAAGAAAUCGGUGAGGCAGGAUGCAUGCCGAGGUGCCCUGACGAUGAAGCAGAUGCAGUCACGUAA